UAAUAAUAGUAAUACACAUCUUACCCGCCCCUUCCUUUGGAUCAGGCGGGGGAACAACACUAGUACAAUACAAUAUAAAUCAAAUACAUGAAAUUAAUUAAAAGAGCACAUAAAACCAAUACAGUAUCAAAACAGCCAUCGAGACGUCUUAAAAUGCUUGGUUCAGAAUUCGUCUGGGUCGGCCUGCCAGAUGCCAGGGGGUACCUCUCGACGAAAGAUGAGUUUCACACCUACCUUGACCGGGAAGGGGAGCUGCGGAGUAACAAAGACGGCGACAGCGCGAAGGAGAAUUGCAGCGGAGACCUGAGCGAGCCUCCGGCCAAGCUACAGAAGCUGGGAGGUGGCGGAAGCGAGGAAGCGAACUUGCCGGAAGCGGCGAGUGGAGACGCAAAGGAGCAUCAGGGACCGAAGAGGAACCGGGGGCAGAACAAGAGCCGCCCAUGCAUGAAACCGACUCACUACGAGAAGGACCGCCUGUGUCCCUCGGUCGUCCAGGAACGUGCAGACAAAUGCUUCUUCGGCCCCCGAUGCCGUUUCCUGCACGACGUCAAGGAAUACAUGGCCACGAAGCCGCCGGACCUCGGGGACAGCUGCGUGCUCUUCCAGACGUUUGGCAAGUGUAUUUAUGGGCCCACUUGCCGGUUCGCUGGGACCCACUUCGGGGAGGACUUCAAGAACGUCACCAACGCCGAGCUGCUGAAACAGUGGGAGGGGAAGCCGGCGGUGAGGAACAGCCUCAGCAAGGAACUCCAGCAGCAACUACGCAAGAAGAAAUUCCCCUUCGACAAGUCCAACGAGUACCUCAGCCGCUUGGCCAAGCCCCACCCAGCAAGGGGGUCCGAGGGCCGAGGAAAGAACCCGUCCCCGGGAGAGCCGGGGGUCGUGGGCCACUCUGCUUCCAAAGGAAGCGUGGGCCCCAACGCCGGCGGAGAAGAAGCGCCGGACGCUUCCCCUUCGUCGCAGGAAGGAGGUUCCGGCAGGGACUCUCUCAAAACAGCCGGCGCUGUGACGGAUGAGGAUAUCGUGAAACUCCGGCCGUGUGAGAAGCGAAAGCUGGAUCUCCGCGGCAAGCUUUAUCUGGCCCCGUUGACAACGUGCGGGAACCUCCCUUUCCGGAGGAUCUGCAAGCGCUACGGAGCUGACGUCACCUGCGGGGAGAUGGCCGUGUGCACGAACCUUCUCCAGGGCCAGUCAUCGGAGUGGGCGCUGCUGAAGCGGCACCACACGGAGGACCUCUUUGGCGUCCAGCUGGAAGGGGCGUUUCCGGACACCAUGAGCAAAUGCGCAGAGCUGCUCAACCGGACGGUCGAGGUGGAUUUCGUUGACGUCAACGUGGGCUGCCCCAUCGACCUGAUCUACAACAAGGGUGGAGGCUGUGCCUUAAUGAGUCGCACCAACAAGUUUGAGCAGAUCGUCCGAGGCAUGGACUACGUCUUGGAUGUUCCCCUGACAGUCAAGAUCCGGACCGGUGUGCAAGAGAAGACCAACCUGGCUCACAAACUCAUUCCCAACCUCCGGGACUGGGGAGCUGCUUUGAUCACGCUUCACGGGCGGUCGAGAGAGCAGAGAUACACAAAGGUGGCAGACUGGAGCUACAUCGCGGAGUGCGCCCAGAUCGCUGACCCGGUGCCUCUUUUCGGGAAUGGGGAUAUCUUCUCUUUCGAAGAUGCGAACCGAGCCUUGGAGACGGGAGUUUCGGGGAUUAUGAUUGCUAGGGGGGCAUUGAUCAAGCCCUGGAUCUUCACCGAAAUCAAAGACCAACGGCACUGGGACAUCUCCUCCGGCGAGAGGCUGGGCGUCCUGAGAGACUACACCAACUUCGGCCUGGAGCACUGGGGGUCGGACACACAGGGGGUGGAGAAGACCCGGAAGUUCCUCCUGGAGUGGCUCUCGUUUCUGUGCAGGUACAUCCCGGUCGGCUUACUGGAGCGUCUGCCUCAGAGAAUCAACGAGAGGCCCCCGUAUUACACGGGCCGAGAUUACCUGGAGACCUUGAUGGCAAGCCAAAAUGUGGGCGACUGGAUUAAGAUCAGUGAGAUGUUGUUGGGUCCCGUGCCGGCCAAUUUUACUUUCCUUCCCAAACACAAGGCAAACUCUUACAAGUAGGACGGCAGCCGCGGGGAGACGGAGCGCAGCCUCCUCUCGGGAAGUCAACGUACACGUCGUGGCUCUUUCAGUUUAAAUACUAAUUAAAAGAAAGGUUCUAUUUUUAA